UGGGAGGUUGUUUACUGGAAACCCGGGCGCCUUGAAACUGUUACGGACUCAUUUGUUCGGUUUGUUUUCGUUUCCUUCCUCUGCCCCUGUUGUUGGGGUUGGAGGGUACUGGAUGGAGGAGGUAUAACUGUAAUUUCGUUGUAGCUGGAGCUAUUUGGGAUCGGACUGCGCCGGUGGGGAAACUAGGCGACUAGAUGGAAAAGAGAGUUUAAGACUAGCAAGCCGCAACGAGGCGCAUCUCUCACCUCUGCGAUGGAAUGCAGGCUGUGUUUGCAGACAUGUGCACUCAGCAGCCUUGAAGGAAAUCAAUUUCCUAAAGGAUUUUUCAAACUUCCUUGUUGGUUAUGUGCAGACCUCAAAUGCAACCUGUUGGCGAGCAAAUCUCAUGGCAUGAAUACCUUUGGUGCUCUUUUCUGUUGCUGCUGCACUUGGAAUGUCAGCCGGUUGCUGCAAGGUUUUGACGACCGGUCACCUCAAAAGAAAGUGGCACAUCUUUAGGCAAGUACACCUUUCUCUUAAUCCCCAUCUUCAUUAUUCUUUCAUGCUCUGAUGGUAUUGACCAGCUUUUAAAGACUGGUACUUUGCCCAAGUAGCAAGCUAAACUAUCACUAAAAGAAAUUGUAACAUUUUGAAGCAGAAUUCCUCUGUCUUCCCCCAGAGAGGUCUCUCUUCACAACACAGGGAGUCCCUGGAUUACAAAAGGAUUCCUUUCCUGAGAACUGUUUGUAACUUGAAAAUGAACGAGAAUGGUAUGUGAGAGAGGAUCACAGAAACAGCCAUGGGAUGGGAGUGCGAGCAAGCGAGAUUAGCUUGCCAGAGAACACGUGAUGACAAUCUGAAGAAGGGUCUCGACCCGAAACGGUACCUAUUCCUUUUAUCCAGAGAUGCUGCCCGACCUGCUGAGUUACUCCAGCUUCUUGUGUUUAUCUUCCAUGAAAAGCAACUACUGCCUUGGCAAUUACCCUUGUCCAAACAGAAACCAAAAUUGAACAUUGGUGAGCUCUGUUUUGGAAUUGAGCACGACUGAAAAUCAAAACAACACAACCGCAUUCUGAAAACGUCUGAUGGAUGUUCCAGAAUUCUACAAAGAUCAGAUCCAACAGAUGAAAUCGUGUGCCAUGCAAAUACAUGGCAACGCCCAGAACAGCAAGAACUGCUGGAUCAAUGACAUUUGAUGUUGGAUUGCAGUUGCCUGCAAGUGUAUCUGUGUCUGUCUCUUCCUUCUGCUUUCCUCUCAUUCCAUCCUGCAGCCGAAUUUUGACCUGUGAACUACAGCAAAUCAUUGAGGAAAAAUUACUGAUUUGCAGAAUCCAACCCAUCAUGUCAUUGGAAACUGUUUUCAAAGUUAUCACCGACACUCCUGGUAUCCUGAUCUGGAGAAUUGAGAAACUGGAAAUGGUGCCUGUCCCUCAGAAGGUUUAUGGCAAUUUUUUUAAUGGUGAUUGUUACAUCCUUCUGGCGACCCAGAAUGUUGCCAGUGGUUUCAAGCGUGACAUCCAUUACUGGAUUGGGUUGGAGUCAUCGCAGGAUGAGCAGGGCGCAGCUGCAAUCAACACCAUGCAGUUGGAUGACUAUCUCGAUGGAAGUCCAGUGCAGCAUCGAGAAGUGCAAGGGCAUGAGUCUGAGAUCUUCAAGGGUUACUUCAAAAGUGGUAUCAUCUACAAGAAAGGGGGAGUAGCCUCUGGGAUGAAACACGUAGAAACCAACAUUUACGAUGUGGAGCGCCUCCUCCGUGUGAAAGGAAAAAAGAAUGUCGCAGCCACUGAGGUUGAAAUGAGUUGGGAGAGUUUCAACUUGGGUGAUGUAUUUCUUUUGGAUGUCGGCAAAGUCAUCGUUCAGUGGAAUGGGCCAGAGAGUAACAGAAUGGAACGGUUGAAGGGCAUGCAACUCGCAAAGGAUAUUCGAGAUCGGGAGCGAGGUGGGCGUGCAGGCAUCGGAAUAAUCGAAGGCGACCAGGAACCGAAUUCUCCUGAGCUGGUGAAGGUUUUGGCAAAGUUUCUUGGGGAAAGGACAAAGAAAAUUAACCCAUCAACACUUGAUGAGAAAGCAGAUCAGCAGCAGAAGGCCAACCUUAGCCUCUACCAUGUUUCAGAUGCUGAUGGUCAAAUGAAGGUCACAGAAGUUGCCACAAGGCCUCUCGUCCAGGACAUGCUAGAUCACAAUGAUUGCUUCAUUCUUGACCAAGGUGGAACCAAGAUUUAUGUCUGGAAAGGAAAACUAGCUACAAAGAUGGAAAAACAGGCUGCAAUGUCUGGAGCCCUGGAGUUUAUGAAGUUGAAGGGCUACCCAAACACGAUUAACAUUGAGAUCGUCAAUGACAGAGCGGAGUCGGCCAUGUUCAAACAACUCUUCAAGAAAUGGUCGGUGAAGGGGCAGACAGUGGGUUUAGGGAAGACCUACACCGUUGGUAAUGUUGCCAAGAUUAGCCAACAGAAGUUUGAUGCUACCCGAAUGCAUGCCAUUCCAGGGAUGGCUGCUCAAGAGAGGAUGGUUGAUGAUGGUACAGGGAAAACUGAGGUUUGGAGAAUAGAGAACCUUGAACUGGUUCCCGUGGACCCAAACACGUAUGGAUAUUUCUAUGGCGGCGACUGCUAUCUGAUCUUGUACACUUAUCUAGUGAAUAGGAAGGAGCAUUUUAUCCUCUACAUUUGGCAGGGUCGUCAUGCCACACAAGAUGAAUUGACUGCCUCAGCAUAUCAGGCGGUCCAGAUUGACCAGAGGUUCGGUGAUAAACCAGUGCAGGUUCGGGUCACCAUGGGGAAGGAGCCACGUCACUUCAUGACCAUCUUCCAGGGCAAACUGAUCAUCUUUGAAGGGGGCACUUCGAGGAAGAGCGGCCAACAAGAAGAGCCGCUCAUCAGACUUUUUCAGAUCCACAGCUUCGAUAAGUCUAGCAGCAAAGCAUUCGAGGUCCUGCCCUACGCUUCAUCCUUCAACUCAAAUGAUGUUUUUCUUCUAACGACCAAAACAAUUUGCUACCUGUGGUUUGGAAAGGGCUCCAGUGGGGACGAACGUGAAAUGGCAAAGGAAUUAGCUGCCCUUAUGUCCAAUGGAAACGAGGCCACUGUUGCUGAGGGCCAAGAACCAUUGGAAUUUUGGGAAGCGCUUGGUGGAAAGGCACCUUAUGCAAAUGAUAAAAGACUACAAGAGGAAAAUGUGGAUUAUCAAUCCCGUCUGUUUGAAUGUUCCAACAAAACGGGGAGAUUCAUCGCAGAAGAGAUCACAAAUUUCAUUCAGGAAGACCUCAGUGAAGAUGAUGUCAUGCUCUUGGAUACAUGGGAUCAGAUUUUCCUGUGGAUCGGUAAAAAUGCAAAUGAAACGGAAAGAGAGCAAUCCUUGACAACCGCGCAGGAGUACCUGAAGACGCACCCCAGCAGCCGGGACAUCGACACUCCCAUAUUCAUCAUCAAGCAGGGCUUUGAACCACCAACGUUCACCGGCUGGUUUGUGGGAUGGGACAUCAGCAAAUGGAGUGGUGGUAAAACAUAUGAACAAUUGAAAAAAGAACUUGGCGACACUGCAGCGAUUGUCCAGAUCACAACUGAUUUAGCUGAGGUGGAAUUAGACUGUGCAGCUGCCCACAAGCACUACCCACCAGAGGCACUGAUUAACAAAAAAAGACAUGAAUUGCCUGAAGGUGUCGACCCAACCAGCAAAGAGAACUCCCUGACAGACCAAGAUUUCAAACUGGUUUUUGGCCUGUCACGAGAGGUGUUCGCUGCGCUGCCCAGCUGGAAACAGAUCAACUUGAAGAAGUCAAAAGGAAUGUUCUAAAAGAAGGAGAACUGUAGAGCAUCUGCAAACUGCAUCCUGUCGCUUUAGCUUGGGGAAUAUCUCCAAACCACCCAGAAAAGUAAACCAGACAAACACCAUCUAUUCUAUAAACCAUUCACUAAAAACCUUACCUCUACUUACAAAUACUUAAACUUUAUUGUUUACUUGCCUAGAUAAUUUUAUGCAUCACCAAGACUAAAUGGCAAUAAAGGAGAACCAUGGAAUAUCACAGCAGAUCCACUGAGCACCAUGUCUGUGACUCUUCUUCCAAAUCUCCACUAAGGUCUUCUGCAGAAAUUCACUUUGAGGAAUGAAGACAUUUUUUAACUGCCCUAAUUCUCUUUAAGAAAUCUUUAAGAUUUAUUAAGAUAAUAAAUUGAGGGAUGAGUUAUUGCAACUUGUCAGAUUAAACCCUCUGUCAAAUAACAACAACACCCAUCCAUUUUCAGGAGCAAGGGAUUACAACAAAAUAUCACUGAUGCCAAAUAAAUACAUGUCAUGUCUUCCACUCUUGAAAUUCCUAAUUUAAGCCUAAUAUUUCAGUUCAAAGCCCUAAUUUAUACAUGUAGUUCCCUGCAUCUAAAAUGUUUUACAGUACAAAUUUUCAAAUAUUAUAAACAAAUAUACAUAUAAAAUGUGUACUUGGAUCCAAAGUUGUCUUAUUGAUAAAUGAAUUGCACUUAGUUGCAGCCAGCUCGUGUGCAGGCAGCCAGCUCGCAAAUAGUUCGCAAGCAGCUCGCAACUAGUCCACAACCAGCUUGCAUGCAGACCAACUCGCAACUAGUCCGCAACCAGCUUGCAUGCAGACCAACUCGCAAUUAGUCCGCAGCCAGCUCGCAAACAGGCAGGCAGCUCGCAAAUUGUCCGCAAGCGACUUUCAUGCAGACAGGCAGCUCACAUACAGAUCACCAACUCUCAACUAAUCUGCAGCCAGCUCGCAAAUAGUUUGCAUCCAAUGUUCAUCAUGAACGCCUCCCAUUAUUCCAGCUGAAAUCUAAGUAAAACCAUGCACUGCAACAGUUGAAUCUCUCCUAAUCUAUACUCUCUCCUUUAUCCUACAUAAUUUAGCCUCUUGUUUUUGUACUAAAUGUUUUGUUUGGUUCUGCAUUGAGUGGAAUGGGCGAGUUAGUCAAAUUUUAAAUUAGCAAAAGCUGCACCAACUAUACUGACAGAAUUUGAAUCUGCAACAGAGUGAAAAGCUAAGCAUCUCAUUUCUUGCUAUUAGAAAUUAGUCAGGCCGUGCACAGCUUCUGCCGCAACCCAUCGGGCAUGGGAUUUCAGAAACUGCUUCCAUUGAGUCUUCACUCAGUAACAGUGGUAAAUAAAAUAGUUUCAAAGCCA